AUGACUGGCAGAUGGCGACAGCGGUGGCGUAGUCAAACUGGCUGGUACAAACCCGACGUAAUCUGGUCCGACGGAGAGUGGGAGGCCCCAGACAGCUACUGGAACAGUACUCAAUUCCUCGCCUGGCUCUACAAUGACAGCCCCGUCAAGUCCAGCGUGGUCGUCAACGAUCGUUGGGGCAAGGGACUGCGCUGCAAGCACGGCGACUUCUAUAACUGCGACGACCAUUACAACCCCGGGGUCCUGCAGAAACACAAGUGGGAGAACUGCAUGACCAUCGACAAGUCCUCUUGGGGAUACAGGAGGAACGCCAAGCUCAGCAACUAUCGCACUGUCCAAGGGCUCAUAAAGGAGCUGGCCAGCACCGUGAGCUGCUACGGCAACAUCCUCAUCAAUGUUGGACCCACUAAAGACGGCAUCAUCGAUCCGAUAUUCGAAGAGAGGCUGCUCCAACUGGGCAUCUGGCUUGGUGUGAACGGAGAAGCAGUCUAUGGUUCGAAGCCCUGGAAGCACCAGAAUGACACGCUCACCUCGAGUAUCUGGUACACGACGAAUAAGGAGAGCGACACUGUCUACGUGUUUGUCCUCAAGUGGCCCAAGGCAAACAAACUUUACCUUGGAUCACUCGACGUGUCACCUUCCGCGAGCAUCACCAUGCUGGGUCUAGGGAGUGACCAGUUUGAAUGGCAUCAAAACCGAAGUAGGGAGAAUUCUGUUCGGGGAAAACUGACGAUCGUUUUUCCGUCACUCACUCCCGACCUGCUUCCGACGCCCUGGGCUUGGGUGCUUAAAGUAAAAGGAGCCAUUUAGGCACUUUUGCCAGAAAGAUGCCUCCAGUCGUUCCCUUGACGAGAGGAUCUGUCAGCGUAUCUGCUUGUGUUUAAAUGACGUUAACCAAGUACUUACUUGACGACAUUUUUCUUCCACUAGUACACUCCAAUGUAACCAGAAUACAUACUCGAUCAGUCGAUCGAUCGUUAGGCACCGAAUAUAACCUGUAUUUUUUUUUUUUAUAAAUAUUACUGACUGUACGAGUAUCACGUCGAAAUAGCAUGGGGACAUUGCUCGUUUUAACUAAUCGUCUUUUCAGUUCGACCACGACAAAUAUUCCCGCUGCAUUCAUGUACCACUUGUUGUUACUUAUUGCUUUAUUAUAAGCUUAAAACAAUUAGAGCUUUACUAGCAACCUGCAUACACGGUAAUGGGCAAACAUGUUGUUCUCUCGUUUGUUACUCCAGGCCCUUAAUUCAUACCCAGCUGUGUAUUUAGGCUUUCUUCUUUGCCUAUACGUGUCUUUCAC